AUGAUUGUGAAUUUCCGGGAAGGAGAUCCAGGAAGCAUUAAGAUCCACCAAACUCUAUUAGAACACUAUAUUACUAUAAUGGACUACCCUCGGGACUAUGAAGGUUGCCCAUUGGUACCAAUUGAGGUGAUCCACCAUUUUCUUAAAUCAAGCGAAAGCUGGCUCUCACUUGGACAACAAAACGUUCUUCUAGUGCACAGUGAACUUGGUGGUUGGCCUGUGUUGGCUUUCAUGUUGGCUGCUCUUUUGCUUGACAGAAAACAUUUCACUUCUGAAAGUAGGGCCCUUGAGAUGGUUCUGAAACAGGCCCCACCUGAUAAGUUACCCUUAGUACCCCUGCUUUCAGAAUUGGAUGCUACAGCUUCUCAGUUGAGGUACUUACAGUAUGGGAACACUUAUGAACGAUGGCCUCCAGCAGACAAACCACUCAAAUUAAUUUGUGUGAUAAUGAGAAUGAUUCCUGAUUUUAAUGAAAAAGGAGGUUGUUGUCCUGCAUUUAGAAUUUAUGGACGCGAUCGGUUGUUACAUCUUGAUAAAACCCCUAAACUUUUAUUCUCAACCCCAAAGGAGGAGUAA